GGACAACCGAAAGCCCGCCAGACAAUUUUCCUGAAGAGCCAACCGAAGAUGGUGCCGCCACAACGAGCGCCGCCGAAGAAGACCAAGCCGGAUCGACCCCUGUGAAAGGCGAGGAAGUCGCCGCUGUCGAUUCGGUCUAAUAGAAAUGGCCCUUCCAAUGUUCAGCAAAAAUGAUAACCAGAAGCCCGCCAUGAAAGAACUACGAGAAAGUUCCUGAAGAGCCAACCGAUGAUGCUGCCGCCACGACGAACGCCGCCGAAGACGUAAAUGUCGUCGCCGGAGUGACCCCUACAGAGGCCGAAGAAGGUGCACGGAAGUCGCCGCCAUCGAUUCAAUUCGUCCAAGCGACAUCCCCUACCGCCGCCCAGAUUCCGUGAUUGAAGUCGUUGAGAAACUCCCGGAACACUUGAAGAAUGAAGUGGUUCCUUCUUGAAGAGCCUGUGACUGCAGCGCAGGUUGUGCCGAAGAUUGAGGAGAAGCCGGUUGAAGCUCUGGCUCCAGUUGUUGAAGAGUCUGUGAUUCCAACGUCCAAGCAAAGCAUGCAGAACCUGCAGCAGUCAAUCUAGAAUCUGAACCAGGCGGGCGGUAAUCAUGUCGGAAACACCUUCAUCAACAAGACCGCUGGCAACAGUUUUAGGGUCGCGGUGGCCAAGUCGACGGUAGCGGCAGCGGCCACGUCCUACGUUGCCUCUUCCAACCCGCCGACUUUCAUCACGUCGACACGACAGUCGCGUCAGUUCUUGCGCACUCGACCAGCUUCAAUUGCCGAUCGGGUAGAAACCCAAUCACGCGUGCCAUUCCCGGUGUCGGUUCUUCCUACGCAGCGGAAGUCGUUUUCACAAACGUGGACAGCGACGGGGAGUAGGUGUACGUAAACUGUGGCAAACGGGGACGUACACUGAACAGACGAGGACAAGAAGGUUCUCGAGGAGAAGCCGAUUACCGAAUAGUUACGAGUUUGACAGGAAAUCAAAAUUGCCAUCCAUCUGGAUGAUGUGCCGCAUUUCUCGGUAAAGACGACGAACCUGCCACAGUCAAUUCGAUGGAGGCCACGAGCUAAACCGCAAAAACUCAACCAAAUCUCGAAGCGUCACAAUAAAUCUUGUAUCUUACCUUGGGUUUACUUAAAUGAAAGAAUAUUACCGAUUUUUUUUUUAAUUUUAUCCAAAAAUAAAGCCAUGCACUGCGGUUCUUAUAAGAGCAGCUUUUGCCAUUCUAACUUGUUCGACUACAGUUCGCUCAUCUGAUAACAUUACUUUUUCGAACAACAUGACGGCAAGGACCAGGAAUCGUGCGCCAUCCACGGCAAACCCGUACGCGAAAGAGAGGGACCUGGGAUAGGGAAGGGUGCGGAACGGUACUCGUUGGGCAGUGCCGUAGCCUGGUCUCCUGUAGAUGCUUCUCGAUCUGUUGCUGCCAACUACGGCAUGAGCUUCUUCCAGCAGUUCCAGCUGGUGCUGAACGCGCUGGACAACCGCGCCGCCCGGAACCACAUGAACCGGCUCUGCCUGACGGCGGACAUGCCGCUGAUCGAGUCCGGCACAGCCGGCUACAACGGCCAGGUCGAGCUGAUCAAGCACGGGCAGACGCAGUGCUACGAGUGCACACCGAAGGCGGCGAAAAAGUCCUUCCCCGGGUGCACCAUCCGGAACACGCCGUCGGAACCGAUUCACUGCAUCGUGUGGGCGGAGCAUCUUUUCAAGUGUUCGAUCUGCUGCUGCCAAUCCUUGUCCAUCUUAACCUCUGGGCAGGAUGGCGGUCAUCGCGACAAACUCCAGGUUUGGGUCACCGACCAGCUUGCGGGCUAGCUCGAAGCUGUAAUUAGACUUUGUGGAG